UUGGCUAUUGUGAAUAUUGUUAAAAUCCAAACCGGGAAUGUUAGGCACGUCAUAUGUGUAAUUCUCAACUCAUACAUGAUUUGGUUUAUGCUGUGAAUUAACUAAAAAUAUGAGUGCCCUAUUUAAUUUUCAAAGUCUGUUGUCUGUGAUUCUUUUAAUGAUUUGUACGUGUGCUUAUUUACGCUCCUUGUUUCCAAGUGUUAUGGAUCGCAAUAAGACGGGGUUGCUUGGAGUGUUUUGGAAACUGGCUAGAAUAGGGGAAAGAAAAUCGCCAUAUGUUGCGGUAUCAUGUUUAAUAAUGGCGGUAUCUUUAUUGUUUUGGACUUGAUCGAAAUCCAACUAUGCAAAGUAGUUUAGGUACUAAAAUUAAAUUAAUUUAAUAAAUUAAUUGUAAUUGUUAAACUUAUACAAAAAACUACACUCUUAUCUGUAAAAUAACAAUAAGGGAGCAAUAAAUUUCCUAUCGACAAGUAUUGCAUUAAACAUUUGGAGGUAAUAUAUUGUUAAUUCUUCAAAAUUAUAAUUUUCUUUUUGAAUUGUAAUCUUUCAUAAAGUCCGGUGUAUAAAUAUGCUUUUUUGGAAACAAAUAUGUUGGAUACGGUUCAACAUAUACGUGUUGUACGAAACUUUGGAUAAUAUUAAUAUUUGAUGGAACAGCUGUCAAUUAGUGGCUAAAUUUAUUAAUUCGUAUAUUGACUAUUUUGUGAAGUUUAAUUGUAGAAAGCAAUAUUAAUGAAAUGUUUUGUAACGAUCAUAUUACAUGAACCGGAUUUCAUGAAAAUUGGUUCUAUUUUAUAUCCACCAAAUCUAAUACACGGUUUCAAAACAAUCGGAUUUAAUCAUGGUUUAGUUUUGGCUAUAUUUUUGAAAGAAGAAAUUCAUUUUAGGAAAUGUUUAAGUUCUAAAAAUAUCAAAAGUAAAAAAUUUAAUAAGUUGAUUAAUAAACUGAUGGCAUAAAUGUUA